AUGGAUUUGCAGGGCUCAGCAAACACUUGCUUUGGAUUUGAUCUUUUCAAAGAGCUGAGUGAAAAAAGGGGUGACAACAUCUUCUUUUCCCCUGCGGGCAUCUCAGCGGCCAUCGGGAUGCUCCUCCUGGGGACGCGAGGAGCCACUGCCGCCCAGUUAGAGAAGAUGCUUUUCUUGGAAAAAGACACAGAAAGCUCAAGAAUCAGAACUGAAGAAAAAGAGGUGGGGAGACCUUUUGUUUUGAUUUUGAAGAUAGAGAAGACAGAAGAGAUACAUCACCAGUUCCAAAGGUUUUUGAAUGAGAUAAGCAAGCUCACUAAUGAUUAUGAACUGAAGGUAGCCAACAGGCUGUUUGGAGAAAAGACAUACCUCUUCCUUCAAAAAUACUUGGAUUAUGUUGAAAAAUAUUACCAUGCUUCUCUGGAACCUGUAGAUUUUUUAAAUGCAGCAGAUGAAAGUCGAAAGAAGAUUAAUUCCUGGGUUGAAAGCCAAACACAUGAAAAAAUCAAGGACCUGUUUGCAAGUGGCUCUUUGAGCUCCUCCACCAAGCUGGUGGUGGUGAAUGUAAUUUAUUUUAAAGGGCAGUGGGACAGAGAGUUUGCAAAAGAAAAUACCCAGGAGGAGGAAUUUUGGCUGAAUAAGAGCACAAGCAAAUCUGUGCUGAUGAUGACACAGCACCAGUCCUUCAGCUUCAUGAUCCUGGAGGACUUGCAAGCCAAAAUUCUGGGGAUUCCAUAUAAAAACAAUGACCUAAGUAUGUUCGUGUUGCUGCCCGAUGACAUAGAUGGUCUGGAGAAGAUUAUAGAUAAAAUAACUCCCAGUGAAUUAAUUGAGUGGACUAGCCCAGGGCAUAUGGAAGAAAGGACCGUAAACUUGCACUUGCCCCGGUUUGAAGUGGAGGAUAGUUAUGACAUGGAGGCUGUCCUGGCAGCCGUGGGGAUGGCAGACGCCUUCAAUGAGCAGCAAGCCGACUCUUCGGGGAUGUCCUCACCCUCCGGGCUGCAUGCCCAGAAGUUCCUGCACAGGUCCUUUGUGGAGGUCAGCGAGGAAGGCACAGAGGCGGCAGCUGCCACUGGCAUAAGCUUUGCCAUGACCUCAGCCCCAGAUUAUGAAAAAUUUCACUGCAAUCACCCUUUCCUGUUCUUCAUCAGGCACAAUGAGGCUGACAGUGUCCUCUUUUUUGGCCGAUUUUCUUCUCCUUAG